AUGUUCCUGAGCUGCUGCCUCCUGCUCACCAUCAUCCUGGGGCUCUCCCGCUGCUCGGCCUCCUACGUGCCCUGCGAGCCGUGCGAUGACAAGGCGCUGUCCAUGUGCCCGCCGGUGCCCGUCGGCUGCCAGCUGGUGAAGGAGCCGGGCUGCGGCUGCUGCCUGACCUGCGCGCUGGCCGAGGGUCAGGCGUGCGGCGUCUACACGGGCACCUGCACCAAGGGGCUGCGCUGCCUGCCGCGCAGCGGCGAGGAGAAGCCGCUGCACGCCCUGCUGCACGGCCGCGGCGUCUGCACCAACGAGAAGGGCUACAAGUCCGCCGCCGCUGCCGCAGGAGCCGCGACCGGAGAUCGGGAGACGCGGGUGGAAGUCGACAUGACUCCGGACGUCACGGGCGUGGUGCAGCCAGCCAAGGUGCCGCUGCAUCCCAAAGACAUUGUGAACAGUAAAAAAGUGAUCGCAGUGCGCAAAGAGCAGAAGAGGAAGCUUGGCAAGCAGCGCUCCUUCAGCACCAGCGUGGAUUAUUCCCCCAUGGACAUCGACAAGCACGAGCCUGAAUUCGGUCCCUGUCGGAGGAAACUGGAUGGGAUCAUCCAGAAAAUGAAGGACACUUCUCGGGUCAUGGCCCUGUCUCUGUACCUUCCCAACUGUGACAGGAAAGGGUUCUUCAAGCGCAAACAGUGCAAGCCGUCUCGCGGCCGCAAGCGGGGCAUCUGCUGGUGCGUGGACAAAUAUGGCGUCAUGCUGCCGGGGACGGACUACAGCGGGGGAGACAUUCAGUGCAAAGACCUGGAGAGCAGCAUCAACGAGUGAAAGCCCCGGCCCCUCUCCCCCGCCCCCAUAACCGUCACAUUACCCGGGGCCCACGCAUCUUCUCCGAGUCACACCUGUAAGCUCCGCCCUCUGCUCACACCAACAACCUGUUUUUACCAGAGACACUAAGAAAAAGCACUAUUCUCUGAUUAAGGAGACCACUUCGGAUCCCCCCACCUCUUCAUUUGCCUGUAAAAAAUUCACCACAAGAAGGAGGAGAAAACUGACCCAGCUGUGUGUCGUGGGACCGAGAAUUGGCUGAGAAAUUAUUGCUUUCUGGUUUUUCUGGGGGUUCAUCAGAGCACUUAUAGAAAGGGGAUCCUGUUUAGAAACCUGUGUGAAAGUGUGACGCGUUGGUGUGUUACAGAGUGGACCUAUUUCAGAACCAGCAGCAGAACGUUGUAUUUCCUCCUCUUUUGUUCGACCGUCGCCAACCUGACGGCCCUUCCUCUCCAACGCAGCGAACGUCUUUGGGACUCGGAGCGUUCAGACGGUCGCAGACGAACACGUGAGCGGCUCUUCGACCACGUAGCUAGCCUGACAUGCCAACUGUGCCUACGAAAGCUGCCGGGCGGGGCGCCACGCAGCUCCGCUGGUCAAAUCAAAGACUCUCAGCUUCAGCGACGGGAAGCACGUUUGAUUUUUCCGAGUUGGGAUUGCUUUUUGGGGGGGCGGGGGAUCAAGCUUGCCGAUCGGGGCGGUUUCCUCUCCAACUGACUCUUUUUUUGUGGUUUUAUUUGUGAUUUCUUUGCCUUCAGUGAAGUAAAAGAUCGCCCUAUGUUUUGAGCCAUGUUUCCCCGUCAGUACAACAUAUUCAUGGUGUAUUACUUUUAAAUAUUCUUUGAGGGUUUUUCCUGUAGAGAAAAGCCAGAUCAUGUAAAGAAAACAAAGACUCUUUGCCUGUAAAGAAUUGGAAAGUGUCCUGUUACAGCAGCUCACAGGGCAGUGGGAGUACAAACUGCCUCGUCUCUCAGCUUUCUGCCUUUUUCUCAACGGAGCGCCGUGAGAACAUGACAUGAGCAGGUCUCCGGACCCGGUUUCUCCUCUCUGUGCCUUCCUACAAACAGACUUAAGCACUGGUGUGAAAGCGACACCAGGGGGCGAUAUUCAGGACGAGCUUCAAGGCUAACAGAGAAGAACGAUGAAUGUGGUCCGUCCCUUAAAUUCAGUCCAGCUCCGUUUGUCCGCGUUGUUUCAGAAACUUCUGCUCUUCCUUUGACGACUUAAUAAGCUAAGAUUCUCACUUUUCUGUUUUUAUGUGAAUGCCAACGAUUGACGGGGAGUUAGACGGGAAGCUGAGGAAUGUCGGGAAGUUGUUUGUUCUGCGAAUGCGAGAGGGAAUGCGUGCAUCCAGGGGUGCUGUGCAAAAAUCCUCAGUCGUUCCUUUAACUUCUGCUUUUAAACAAUCUCUUUUAAUCUUUAAACUGGUUUUAUUGAACGGUUCUCUGCUUCCUGAAGGGUUCUCAUUGUAUUUUAUGACGGACUUUAGUUGCUUGAUGUUUUAUAUUUCUUCUAAUCAUUCAGGUCUAACAGCAAAAAUAACAGUUUGACAUGCAGAAAACGGCUGAUGUACAGAUUUGGCACUACAAAGAGCUAGUUCCGCAAACACAGAAGCAUUACACCAACAUGCUAGUUAGCAGAGGCUAAUGCUAAAGUGCUACCUUAAAUUCAAAUUAUAGCGAAGACUGCAAUCCUCUGGCACCAAUUGAAUUUUAAAAUGUUCCAUGUUGCCAUAAGAUUGUGAAAACUGAAGUGCUGCGUUAGAGUCUUUAUUCACUUCGAAAUAAAAGCCUGAAUACUUGAAGAAUACGAUAAUCAAAACUUCAACAUCAAUGUCCAACUUUAUUCAACUGAAAGUUUACAGAUCAAUCAAGUAAAUUAGUAUUUUAAAAUGAACCCAAAAACAUUCACCUAAGGGAAGCUAAGUACGCUAAAACGCUACAUCAUCAUGGUAUUUAAUUGAAGCUAACCCUAAUGAACGUGACAGAGGAGUCAGCCAAUAUCCAAAAUUUCAACAUAGAUGUUGAACUUUAUUCACGUAAAAGUUUAGAAAACAGUCAAGUUAGGAUUAAUCUAAGGGAAGCUAAGUGUGCUAAAUAUUUUCAAAGCACUAUUUCUGCUAGUGCUAAAGCUAAUGCUAAAGCUCUUACUUGAAAUGAUAAAAAAAAUAAACAUCUAACUAUUUAAAGAGUUCUUAACAGUUAAUUACCAAAACUUAUUUAAAAAGGUAAAAUAACUCUUCAAUUUAUUGAUAAACAUCAGUUUAGGGGAAGCUAAGUGUGCUACAUGUUCUCAGUUAGCUAAAGCACUAAGCUAAAACUUAGCUCCACUAUUAGCAGAAGUAUGCUAAAGGAGAUCAUAAGAUAUUUUCCAUUUAAAACCCACUUAAGGCUUACACUAGUGUCCCUAAAGUCCAAAGAGAAACGUCAGAAAACUGGAAGAUCUGUUGAUCAAAACCAGCAUUAGCAUUAGCAGAACAUUUGACUGUUUGCUAGCAAAGUGUUAAAAAACAAGGAGUGGUUUAAAACCUUUGCACAGCACUAUACCAGUGGAAUCACGUUAAGCAAAGCAAACCUUAUUUUUCAAACUCACAGUAGAUCCUAAUGCACGACGACGAUCCUGAGGUCGGCAGAGACUAAAGUCUGGCGAACUUUCCUUUCUGAAGCCGCGUUUCGAGUUAAAGUGACAGGGGCCGCUGACGCCCAAGCCUGGAUUCAGAUUGUAGCACCGACUCUUUGGGUUUGGAGACGCUGCGCCGAGACAGAGAGGAGGAGGAGGAGGAAGAGCGAGUGAGCGCCGUGGUCGCUGCCAUGCCUUAGCCACGGCCCCUGAUGAGGGAGUCACCGAUUUCACAGCUUAGGUCCAAUCAGAGAGACAGAAACGGAGUUCUGGGAAACGUCCCGUCUCCAGUUGGUUUAAACUCAUCCUUCAUUAUUCAGUAGGACAGUUAGCAGUACAGCUUGUUUGUUCAGAGUACAUAACAGAUUUUUGGUUGUAAAGACAAUCGGGCUUUCGUAAUUUGGUGUUCUGAGACAGACCCAUCGGUGGCAGCGGGAAAUAUUGGUCAGUAUUUGGAGCGACAGAUUAAAAAAAUAAUAAAAACCUGAAAAAAAUCUCAAAUUAUAAAAGUGAAUAUCACUGUGUAAUAUUUAUUCAACUUGUAAUUUAUGUACUCUUAACCUUUGUCUUUUUUGUAAUGACAAAGCAUUUAUUUAAAUAAAGUUAUGUAUUCAUUUAA